AUGGCUUCAGCCAAAGAAAAACCAGCCAUAUAUUAUGAUGAAGAUCAUUGUGAUUCUGGUGAUGAGACUGUCCUUGUUCGUGAUAGCAAGGAUCAUCCGUUGCUGAGCUAUGCGAUUCGUGGAUGGCAGCACCUUGGACAUCUUUCGGAUGAAGAUGUUUGCGUUAUGAACGCCCUAUCACUGCUGAACUCGGAGUUUAUUCGAAACACCAAGAAACAUCUUGCGCUUGCAGCUCAAGAUGACGACGACUGGCGUGGACCUAUGUGGUUGACGGUCGAUGUGACUUUGCCCUCCCUUCUAUUCAUCCCGAUUAAACACGGAAAGCCAUGGAUAGUCGAAUUCCUCGUCAAGCAGCAACCCCAUCUACUGGACGUGGAUACUGCCUCUGGUUGGGUUUCUCCUUUGAUUUUUGCCAUGGCCAUGCACCCUGACUUCCUCAGUAUUAUCCUGAAACUGGGCGUCGAUCUCAACAAGCUGUCUUUCAUCAGCUGCGACCAAUAUCCCAUUAUUGACGGCUCAUAUGCUCCAAUUUCGUGGGCAGCCGCGAUUGGAAGCGAAGUCGCCGUGGAUUUCUUGCUUUCACAAACGGAGGUCAUCCUACCUAAUGAUAUUCUGCAAAUGACCGCUAUGUCAUACCAGCCGCCGCCCGAAUGUAUCCGCAAAUUUCGUGAGCGCGGUGCAGAUGUCAAUUUCACUGCCAACGGUUCUACCCCUAUCCAUACUUUCCUCCCCAAGCAACCCUAUAUAUUUAUUGACGAAAGCCGAUCGCUAUCUGCCGUGAAAGCGCUCAUUGAGCUGUCGUAUGAUAUUUCCUUACAGGACCGGACUGCCAGAACAGUACUACACAUUGCUCUUGAUCACAAUCUGGACUAUAUUGUCGCAUACCUCCUCGAGCAAAACGCAGAACUGUCAGCAACAGCGACUCUCCAUCCAGACAUGCGGAGCUGGGCUAAAAAUGAGACAUUUAAGGGGAAGGUUAUUGAUGCUACAACGGAAUUCCAACUUGUCGAGUUUUCAUCGGCAAUCACUGCUGACCGUGGUAACCCUGAUCCUAUCUCCGUGCAAUUACCGUUUAGCGAAGACUUCUGCAAUAACAUUCGCGCCGACUAUCAGUCACUUCAAAACAAAAUACAAGACUCCCCGAAAGAUGAUUCCCUCAGACUUAAGAUCGACAUUUCAUACUUCAAUUGUCAGCAUGUCUACAGUCGCUUGUUCGACUAUCAUCAAGGAGAUGAAGUAUCCAGCACGUUACGACAAAUGACUGAGGACAAAGGGUUGGGUGGUGUUAUCAAAUGA